AGGCCUGACCGCAGUCUUCGUCAGUGGCUUCCACUGUCGAGAAGUCGCUUCGGUGCACGCCUCCCUCCCUCUCCCCGCUCGCCUCUCGGGAACUAAUUGCGUGGACUUAUUAACUUGUGCACGAACUUUGUUUAUACUUGUCCGGAGUGGAUCGUUAACUUGGCAGGAGACAAGAGUGACCGCCGUCAGCGCCUCCAGCCACCCGCAGCAGCAGACACCGCACGCCCCUCGCCCGAGCAGAACCCGCCCCCCUCGCCGCCCUCAGCCAAGCCAUAGCCAUGAAUUCCGAGGAGUUCCGGAAGCGAGGCAAGGAGAUGGUGGACUACAUCGCCAACUACAUGGACACCAUCGAGAACCGGCGAGUGACGCCCGCGAUCGAGCCCGGGUACCUGAAGGACUUGGUUCCCCACGAGGCUCCUCAGAAGGGCGAGGAAUGGGACGACAUUAUGAAGGACGUCGAGGAUAAGAUCAUGCCCGGGGUGACCCACUGGCAGCACCCGCGGUUCCAUGCCUACUUCCCCUCAGGCAACUCCUACCCGAGCAUCCUGGGGGACAUGCUCAGCGACGGCAUCGGCUGCAUCGGGUUCUCGUGGGCAGCGUCUCCAGCCUGCACGGAGUUGGAGACGAUUGUGCUUGACUGGAUUGGAAAGAUGGUGGGACUACCAGAAGAUUUUCUCUCCUUUACCGAAAACAGCAAAGGCGGAGGAGUUAUACAGGGAUCAGCGUCCGAGUGCGUCCUGGUGUCCCUCCUGGCCGCCCGUGCCCACAAGAUCCGCCAGCUGAAGAAGCAGCACCCGUUCGUGGAGGAGGGCGUGCUGCUGUCCAAGAUGAUGGCCUACUGCAGCAAGGAGGCCCACUCGUGCGUCGAGAAGGCGGCCAUGAUGGCCUUCGUCAAGAUGAGGAUCCUGGAGCCCGACGAGAACCAGAGCCUCAGGGGAUCCACGCUGCAACAGGUGAUGGAGGAGGACCGCGCCAUGGGCCUCAUCCCCUUCUACGUGGAGGCGACCCUCGGCACCACCUCCUGCUGCUCCUUCGACAACCUCGCGGAGAUCGGUCCCGUGUGCGAGGAAUAUGGGGUGUGGUUGCACGUCGAUGGCGCCUAUGCAGGUAAUUCCUUCAUCUGCCCGGAGUUGCGAGGUCCCAUGAAGGGCAUUGAGUAUGCUUCGUCGUUCAACUUCAACCCGAACAAGUUCAUGCUGACGAACUUCGACUGUUCCCUCAUGUGGGUGAAGGACCGCUUCCGACUGACGCAGGCCCUGGUGGUGGACCCUUUGUACCUGCAGCACUCGUACUCUGAGAAGUCCAUUGACUACAGGCAUUGGGGCAUCCCGCUGAGUCGCCGGUUCCGCGCCCUCAAGCUGUGGUUCGUGAUCCGCUCCUUCGGCGUGGAAGGCCUGCAGAAGUACAUCCGCGAGCACUGCCGUCUCGCCAAGAGGUUCGAGGCCCACGUCAGGAAGGACUCCAGCUUCGAGGUCGCCAGCCCCGUCGGCCUCGGCUUGGUCUGCUUCAGACUCAAAGGAACGAACCUGAUCAACCAGAAGCUACUGUCCUCCAUCAACGCCUCCGGGAAGCUACAUAUGGUCCCUGCUUCCCUCAACGACAGAUACGUCAUCCGGUUCUGCGUCUGCGCCCAGAACGCCACCGACUCUGACAUCGACUAUGCAUGGGAGGUCAUUACACAGUUUGCUGCUGAUAUGAAGGUCAUUAUGGCCGAGGAAUUGGAGAACAAAGAGAAGCAGGUCGAGGAGACGAAAGAGAACAAAGAAGAGGAGGCGCAGAAGGAGGCCGAAGAAGGCACAGAAGAAGUGUUCCAGAUGCUCGACCGCAAGAACAAGAAGAGUCUCCGGUACAAGCGCUCCUUCUUCGUCCGCAUGGUGUCUGACCCCAAGAUCUACAACCCGAAAAUCGUCAGAAGUCUUCCACCCAACGGCCCGAGGCGACACACCACGGACUCCGAGCCUGACAACCAGACUUUCAAUACUCCUGCUCCUACUAUUGACGAGAAAGCCGUGACGCAGAUGCUCGAGGACGUCAACCUCGACGAAGUUUUUGCCGACAAAGAAACGAGGAUGAAGUUCCUUACCAAGGCCGUAAGCGACCUCUCGGAGAGACUCGCGAUCAAUCACAAGAUUCAGUGCCAGAACGAGGGCCAGCAGAGGCAGUGAGGAGGAGGAGGAGGAGGAGGAGAAGGAGAGCGAGGAAGAGGAGGAGAAAGAGGGAGAGGGAGAGGAAGAGGAGGAGGAGGAGGCAAGGGAAAGGGGAAAGGAGAAAGGAGAGAGGAAAAACGGAAAAGGGAAACGGAGGAAGUAGAGGUAGCAACAAAGGGUGUGGGAGGGGUACUCGUGAGGAAAGAAAUGGGUGAGCGAAUGUGAGAGAGAGAAGAGAAGAUAUAUAUAUAUAUAUAUAUAUAUAUAUAUAUAUAUAUAUAUAGAGAGAGAGAGAGAGAGAGAGAGAGAGAGAGAGAGAGAGAGAGAGAGAGAGAGAGAGAGAGAGAGAGAGAGAGAGAGACAUAGAGAGACAGAGACAGAGAGAGGAGAAGAGAAGAGAAGAUAAAUAGCUAGAUAAAAAUAGAAAGAAACAAAGCAUUAAGACCAUUGCACUUGUUAUUUUGAGCAAGUUGGUUCAUACAGAGAAAUCAAGGCGUCGCAAAGAUCCUUCUGUAUUGAAUUCCAGUACAUAUAUUUGCAUAUAAUUUUGCAUAAAUCAAAGCUGUAUCCCUACGGCUUACUUUGUAACGAUUUAUAUAUCAUUGUAUCGUUACAGUUUCGUAGUAUUUAAUAAAUAAUAUCAUCCCCAGAAUAAGUCCAUUUAUCGAUUUAAAAGCACAUCAGUCACUCUCCUAAAUGUUUACAAACAAUUCAGUCUAAAACCUAGUUAAACACACACACGCACACGUACAAGUACGCGCAUACACACACACACACACACACACACACACACACACACACACACACACACACACACACACACACACACACACACACACACACACACACACACACACAUAGACGCUUUGUUACUUACCUCGUUACAUCUUUAUUUCACGUGUUGUCAUAUUAUUUCAUUCUCUUCCACGGCCCCCCAUCCUCACUUUCAUCAACUGCAUCUUCCGUCUGAAGUAUUAGGCAUUCUCGGGGCAGUUAAUGAAUAAGUAUUUAUGUGAACAGAAAGACGCAUUUACAGAAAAUGUUGUGAUUGGAAUUAGGUAGAACUUUUUAUAUUUUUGUGAUACAUAGAUAUAGUGUGUAAGAUUUUAUAAUGUUUAUUGUAUAUCGUGAUUUUUUUCUAAUAAAAUACAUUCAUCAAGAUGAA